CGGGGGUUGGGAAGAUGGCGGCUCCCAGCCUCCUCAACUGGAGGCGGGUUUCUUCCUUCACGGGGCCGGUCCCCCGUGCCCGGCACGGACACCGGGCCGUGGCCAUCCGGGAGUUGAUGAUCAUCUUCGGUGGGGGCAACGAGGGCAUCGCGGACGAGCUUCACGUCUACAACACGGUUACAAAUCAGUGGUUCCUACCAGCUGUUAGAGGAGACAUCCCUCCAGGCUGUGCAGCCCAUGGAUUUGUCUGCGAUGGUACCAGAAUUUUGGUAUUUGGGGGAAUGGUUGAAUAUGGAAGAUACAGCAAUGAGUUAUAUGAGUUACAAGCAAGUCGUUGGUUAUGGAAAAAAGUGAAGCCCCAUCCCCCUUCUUCUGGUUUACCUCCUUGUCCUCGGCUUGGACACAGCUUUUCUUUGUACGGUAACAAAUGCUAUUUGUUUGGUGGCUUGGCAAAUGAAAGUGAAGAUUCAAACAACAAUGUGCCCAGGUAUUUAAAUGAUUUCUAUGAGUUGGAACUACAGCACGGUUCUGGUGUUGUGGGUUGGAGCAUUCCAGUGACUAAAGGGACGGUGCCUUCUCCAAGAGAAUCCCACACAGCUGUUAUAUAUUGCAGAAAAGAUUCUGGGAGCCCUAAAAUGUACGUUUUUGGUGGAAUGUGUGGUGCUCGCCUGGACGACCUAUGGCAACUUGACUUAGAAACUAUGUCAUGGUCAAAACCAGAAACUAAAGGGACAGUGCCGCUUCCACGAAGCCUUCACACAGCCAGUGUUAUAGGAAACAAGAUGUACAUUUUUGGUGGAUGGGUUCCACAUAAGGGGGAAAAUAUUGAGACUUCACCUCAUGAUAGUGAAUGGAAAUGUACCAGUUCAUUUUCUUACCUAAAUCUCGAUACAGCAGAGUGGACCACCCUAGUAUCAGAUUCUCAGGAAGAUAAAAAAAAUUCAAGACCAAGACCAAGAGCUGGGCACUGUGCUGUUGCAAUUGGCACUCGAUUAUAUUUUUGGAGUGGAAGAGAUGGCUACAGAAAAGCACUAAAUAGUCAGGUGUGCUGCAAGGAUCUUUGGUAUCUUGAUACUGAGAAGCCACAGGCACCAUCACAAGUACAACUGAUCAAAGCCACUACCAACUCAUUUCAUGUCAAAUGGGAUGAAGUGCCUACAGUUGAGGGCUAUCUUUUGCAGUUGAAUACUGACUUGCCGUACCAAGCUGCAGCAUCAGAUUCUUCAGCAGCACCAAACAUGCAAGGAGUCAGGAUGGACCCUCACAGACAAGACAGUAAUAGCAUCGUUCCUAACAGUAUCAAUAAUACAAUGAACAGUACAAAAACCGAACAUACAGCUACAAAAGGAACUUCAGUGGAAAACAAACCAGAUCUCAAAGCAUCAACUGACUCUAAUGCCAUUUUACAUUCAUCUUUGGCAACUAAUGCUUCUAAUCAUAAUAGUUGUGUGGUGGAUGUGCUAAGGAAAAAUGAAGGCCCUCACACUUCAGCAAAUACAGGUGUUCUAAGUAGUUGCCUGGAUUUAAGAACAAUAAUUCCUGAAACGUCUGUGUCCAGCACUGUUUGCAGCGCACAAACUAUGGUAACCCAGCAGAGCAUUAAAACUGAAUCAUCCAGUACAAAUGGGGCAGUUGUUAAAGAUGAAACUUCACUAACAACAUUCAGUACCAAAUCUGAAGUUGAUGAAACGUGUGCACUGCCUGCAACUAAGAUCAGCCGUGUGGAGGCACAUGCUCCGGCGAUGCCGUCGUCUAAAGAGACUCCUUCAAAUCCAGUGGCCACAAUGAAAGCAGGAGGAGAACGACAAUGGUGUGAUGUAGGGAUUUUUAAAAAUAAUACUGCUUUGGUGAGCCAGUUUUAUUUGCUGCCAAAAGGGAAGCAAAGCAUCUCAAAGAUAGGAAAUGCGGACGUACCCGACUACAGUUUACUUAAGAAACAAGAUCUUGUUCCAGGAACGGGAUACAGGUUCAGGGUUGCUGCUGUCAAUGGCUGUGGAAUAGGCCCUUUCAGCAAAAUCAGUGAAUUCAAAACCUGCAUUCCUGGUUUUCCUGGAGCCCCUUCUGCAGUCAGAAUUUCAAAGAAUGUUGAGGGUAUCCAUCUUUCCUGGGAACCUCCGACUUCGCCUUCUGGAAAUAUUUUGGAAUAUUCAGCCUACUUGGCAAUCCGCACAGCACAAAUACAAGAUAAUCCCAGUCAACUUGUGUUUAUGAGGAUUUAUUGUGGUCUUAAGACAUCGUGUAUAGUAACUACUGGGCAACUUGCAAAUGCACACAUUGAUUACACCUCAAGACCUGCCGUGGUGUUCAGGAUAUCGGCCAAGAACGAGAAGGGAUAUGGACCAGCUACACAAGUGCGGUGGCUUCAAGGUAACAGUAAAAAAGCACCUUUAAAUUAAAUUUCUUUUUUACUAAAGCUGUUGUGAUUAUGAUUAUUUAUUAGUAACUGGUUAUGAAGAUUUGUCAUUUAAAAGAGUAUUCCUUGUAUUUCUAGCAGUUAUGAAUUUGAAUUUGUAAGUUCUUAAAAUGUAUUUGCUCAAUUCUAGAUCCAAAUAAAAACAGAAAAGAAGUAAAGACUCUCUGAGAAUUAGUAUAUGGAUUCUUCGUUAUAGUUAUAGCUCUUUCACAAAGGAACAUGGUUUUAUUACCCCAACAUAUUUUAUAAAGGCCAUGUAGCUCAGAGUUCUCGAGGUGAUUCUAGUAACUGGCUGUUGUACAGUGUGCUGUCUCUGUAGUAAAUGUUCUCUAUAUUGCAAAGGCCCUGUCUUUGAGUACUCCCUCUAACUUUAUUCUGUAUGAGCAGUAUUCCUCUAACAGCUGUCUUCUACUGGAUAAUAUAAUAUUUGUGAUAUUAAUUUUAGCAGCCAUUUAAUUUCUUUGCUUAUUCAGUUAGCACAGAGCUUAAGAAAUUUUUUAAAAAGAGGCAAGUUCAGAAACUCUGCUUUUGAAUUUUUAUUAUUUUCCAAGAAUCAUGGCAAAAUAUAGUGUAUUUUCUAGAUUCAUACCAGGUGAUAUAUAAGAAUAUAUUUUUGGCCAAAGCACUUAACUUUGGCCCUUAAUUCCUCAUUAAUAGAAUAUUUUACCUUUAAGCUCCCUUUUAGUACCUAAGUUCUGUAUUUUCAUCAGAAGUGAAGUAUUUCCCUGAACAAUUUAACAUCUGUUUUCAUGGCCCUGACUUUUCUUUUGCUGAAAUUAAAACAUUCAUAAUUUAAAAUCAAAAUUAAAGUAUAUGUCCUCCUUAUUGCAGAAAGAAAUAAGCACCUUAAAGGACACAAAUUUUGAAAUAGUGUUUUAAACAUUUGUAAGAUUUUUGUAAGUGCUCUAAAUGUUUUAUUUUUGCAUUGUUUUUACCUCGAAAUUGUAUAAACUUUUUUAUAACUGAAAUAUAAGCAUUAGAUAGCUUACUCUCAGGUUCCAUUACAACCUUAAAGAUGCAGAUAGGCAUUCUGGAUACUCUGCUAGAGGUUAACCUGUUCUAAACCUUUGAGGAAUUUCAUGGUUUCACUGCCUAUUCAAAUCGGGAAUCAAUAUACAGAGCAAUAAUUACAGAAAAGACAUUUCCAACUAAGAGCUGCAGUGACCGCAGGGGCGUGGGUCUGUCUUUUUCGUGCCGUGUAACCUUAUGCCAGCGUAGGUCGACUGAGUGGCGAUGUCCUCCAACUUCGUGUCAAUGCUCCCAGAAAAGGUAGAUGUAAUAAAUGUGCACAAUUGAUAUAUAUGUGUGUUCCAGUUACUAAUUUAAAGUGUAUAGAAUAUUUUAAUAUAUAAUUUUUGUAAAGAACUGGGAUUUUUAUACUACAGUAUUUGUAAUUAAUGUGUUUCACUAAUGAAGUUUCUCUUGAAGAAAAUAUGCAAAUUGUUAGAUGCAUAACAAGCUAUUUCCAAACUCUAAAGGUAAAAUAAAUGCACUACUAUGGUGUUGUUAGAAUACCCUUUUUGGUGGCUGUAUGAAUCCUUCAUCUUUAAAUGUGUACUUUACAAACAAUGUUUACAAGGAGCUUCUCUGGUUUGUUAUCCCAGCACCUUCCUUGGUGAGAGCUUCAUUCUGCAUUUGUUUAACUCAUGCUUUGCUUUUAGCAUAUAUUGCUUUUUGCACUAGUAGAAUUUUAACUUACCUCAUUGUUGUGUUUGUAAUUAUUUGUAUAGCUUCCAUAAUAUGUCUGAUAUAGGCUAAAAAAUACUUAACCAAAGUUAAAAUAAAUGGUAAGCAAUUUUGCACAUACUAAAGGCUAGGGUUUGUUGUGUAUAUGUGUGCGUUUAGUUAUAAAAAGAGUAAGAAUGGAAAGUUAUAGUAAGUAAUGUUUCAAAGCCCAAUUAUUUUAAAGAUCUGUUUGUUUCAUUAGAAAAAGGUCUGGCUUUUAACCCCUUAUUCUUUGCAUUAACAGUUUGCAUCUUGAAGCUUCUCUUAAUGACAAGGAAUAAGCUGGCUUUAAGCAAAGAAUGGAGUAUUUGUUUGAGUGUGCACAUUUGUACCUACUUAGUAUUUGGUUUGAUUUACUUUGCUUAAAUGUCUCUACUGUUAUAAACCACAAGGUGAAUAUGAACCUUUGGUUCUAACAUCUAUCUUAUUUUCUAUUGUGAAAGGCAUUCUUUCUCUACCAGGGGAUUUGUUACCAUUACUAAUGUUUUAACUCUGAGAAUUAGCCCACAAUCUGUUAUUAUUUUUUUUGCAUUUGUUAAUUAAGUACUAGUCACAUUUAUCUGUCUGAUAAGUGAUUGGUGACUUAAAGAGGCUGCUGAGAAGUCUCUGUGGCUUUUUUAUUAACAGUUAGUAAGAGAUCUUUGACCUGUGUGUUCAUGACUAGAAUGGAUUGGAGUGAUGAGCGAGGUGCAUUUAGCUUCUUAUGAUUGGCACGUUUCUAAGUGAAAAUCCCUUUGAGUAGCAGUGGGCUAUAUUACGCAGAUAUCAUAAGAGGAUUCACAAUGAGUUUGAGUUAAAUUAGUUUCUUUACUUCUCCCAGCUGCAUAAGCAAUUCAGAUGUACGAGUCUUUGUGCUACGGUCCUAUUUCUGGGCUCUGCAACCUUGGUUCACAUAUGUAGUAAAAAGAUUUUGAUGUUGCAUGCUCUUAGAGUUAUGUUUUCUAAAAUAUUGUAUUGGUUUUGAUUCAGUUUGACUAAAAAUACGGUAUUAUAAACUCACUUUCAUCUGCAUUUUUAUAAAACAAAUAAUCUGAAUUGCAUGUAUAAGGCCCUCUUGUCCUAUAACUGAAUUACAUAAACAUAAUUUCUAUAAGAAGGUGAAACUGUUGAUCCAUUAUUUCAAACACCUGUAGACUAGCAAAGAUUUGUUCUGGCUAGAGAUAUGGUCUACUAUAACUGAAGAUAUUUUUAUUUUUGAAAAUUGCAGCACUUAUAGCAUAAAAAUCAUUUGUAACAUUGGAUACUAAGAGAUUAUUAGUAUUUAAAUUAUUCUAGUCAUCUGGUCACAAAUGAACUGGGUUGCAAAAUAGACUUGGUCUUUGACCAUUUAAGCAGGUAUAACUGACAGUUAUGUUUUCCAAGAAGUUAUUUUAGGCAGUUUUAUGUGUUGUGUACCAAUGAUAUGUAAAAUAAAGCACCUUUUCUAUUAUAACCAAUUACAGGUGUUAUUUAUUUUGAACUAUAUGAAAGAAAAAUUAAUGAUGGUGAAGUAAAUCUGUACAAAUGUGGAUUUUUAUAUUAGUCACUUAAAAUGAUAUAGUCAUAAUCCAUAAAGAUUGGAUUAUGUCUAAAAGUCUUGUUUUUAAGUCAGUGGAUUGUGUUUGGGAGGCGUUUGCUUACAGAAAUGUAAAGCCCAACCCUAACUACAGCUGAGCUAGUCUGCUUGGGAGUUAGAAAGCAAAGGGCUCAAACAACAGUCUAAACUCGUUGUCACCUCUUUUUGGUCUUCUAUUUACUCUUCAAUUUUUAAAUUAUAGUUGGCGUAUAAUAUUAGUUCCAGAUGUACAGCAUAGUGACUCAUUAUUUAUACACUUUAUAAUAUGACCACCAUGGUAAGUCUCGUACCUACCUGUCACCAUGCAACUCAUGGCAUAAUUGACUGUUCCCUGUGCUGUGCACUGCACAUCCCCGUGGCUUACUAAUGUAUGGCUGGAACUGUGUACCCCUUACCCCCGUUCACCUUCCUAUCUGCCUCCACAGCCUCCUCUGGCACCCAUCAGUUUGUUCUCUGUUAUCUGUGAGUCUGUUUCUGGUUUGUUGUGUUUAUUCAUUUAUUUUUUAGACUGCAGGUAUAAGUGAAGAUUAUUAUUCAAUCUUAAUUUUUUUCCUCAUGCUUCACCCAUUUUUAACUUACAGUGGCCAGGCUUCUGUCCUUUUACAACAUCAAAAUGGCUUUGGCAAAGGGCAGGGAUAACUGCUCAUUUCCCAAGUCCAGUGAAUUCUUUGAUUAUACUUAGCCUUGUCAUUUGAAGCUUUUAACCACUCUUCUGACACUGUCACAGUUUGUUCGUUUCUGUGAUACUGUGCUCCACCUUUCUUUGUGCACCUUGUGUCCCCUUUUCUGGUUGCCAUCCUUUUUGUUUUUCAAGAUUCAGGGUCAGAUGUGGCCCGCCUGGUGAAGCCUUUCCUGAUUACUCCACUUCCAGGUAGAUUUGACCGCUUCUCCUUGUCUGCCCAGUGUCCUUUGUUGUAUCCUCUCUAACGGCAGUCUGUGCACUGUCUGCCCCUCCGCCAGAUGGUGGGGUCUUUAUAUUUCCUCCAUGUCACCCAUCUAGCUGGUACUUAAAUAUUUUAACAAAUUAUUAAAGAAAAUGUUACCUUUAUAUCUCUCCACUCUCACUCCCCCUUCUCCAGUUAGGGUGAAAAUGGGAGGGGCUUUCGAAAGGAAGUGAGUUUUAGCAGAUUUAAUAAGGCUUUGGAGGAGACGGGGACUCCAGCUCUGUCUUACCUUGUCCUGCUAUCACUCAAAUCCUUGAGAGAAGUUCUGUGAUAAAUAAGGGAUGUGCCCCACAUUUACUAGGCUAAAGGGGAUUCUUUGAUCUAAAAAGAUUAGUGAAAUCAGUGGACAUUGCUGGAUUAUGACUUUUAACAUUGGAUGAUAAAGAGAAUGAGCCAAAAAUACUUUUCAUAGUUAACCUCUCUGAUUUCCGUAUAUGAAAGCCAUGGGUAAUUGUCUAACGUCAGAAAGAAACCACCUACUUUCAAUACUUAAGCACAGGGAGCUGCUGGAGGACACAGGUUACCAGCCUUAGAACUGUACUGGAUUCCGCUGCAUACCAAGUCAGGUCACUCUUGCCACCUCUGAGCUUAUGGGGCAAAGGAUUCUUAUACUACUGGACAACAAGGUAACAUUAGCAUACCUUCCUUCUAAGUUUCCCAGGCGUAGUUGGGAAUUCCUAUGCUUAUUUAUAUCCCUAUAACUCAGGAAAAGACUGUUUUAUCAUUCAUAGGAAAACAUGAACUACUACAUUCUGGGAAGAAACAAUAAAUUCUAUAAACUGUAUGAAUAAAGAAAAGGCUAUAAAAUCCAAGGAUACUUCUUGUUCAGAAUAGAUUUCUUUCUCUUAAUAGCAUUCGUUUGCUGCUUUUCUGACCUCAGCAGACCUAAAAUCAGGAAAAUGUCCGUUUGUGGGACUGUUAAUCUCAGCAAGUAAGUGUGGCGAGGGUCUUUUGUUUUGUAUAUGUGGUGUCUUGGAUAACUUGAAUUGAGCAUGAAUCUGGUUCUCAAAGUUCAUCAAACUCAAAUCUGACUACCACUCAUGCCAGUACCUCAAAUUCAAAAGUCUUGAGAAUACAGUUACAGUGCCUUUGGCCUCGGAUAGAGAGCAGGCUGGCAAGUCAUAGGUGUGAGGCUAUGGAGGAUUUCCUGUUUCUUGGCUUGAUUUACUGGUUCUGCAAAAAGUUUUGGCAGAGUACUCAGAGAUGUCAGGGUGUUGACCUCUGAAGAUAAAAGUGCAAAAGGUAUGAACUGGGGGCGUGUCAGGUACGAAAGCUGUUCACAGAGAAGGAAAUGGUCCCUCAUCCUACCCACUCACCCGUUCUGGUCUCCUUACUGCCCAGGGACAAGGAGCUGAAGGAGACACCGUUCAUUCCUCAGCAUGAGCAUUGACGAAGGUACAGAGAGAACCCUCUGUGUCUGAGUAUCACAAGUUAAAAAUAAAAGGUAGCAGCUGGUAUUUGUUUUUGAACACAGAGUUAAUUCUUUCCACUAGCAAAUCAUGGUCCAAUAGAUGUCCAGUUCUGACCAAGAGAAUUAUCUGUUCCUCUGGGGAGAUAGAGUAGAAGUUCCCUAAGAACUUGAAAAAGUUUUCUCCUCCUUUCUGUUUCCUAUAUGAGAGGGAAGAAAAAGCUACAGGUAUGGUGACUACCAUCCAGUAUAACAAAGGUGUGCUCUGAGUUGCAGUCUUGCACCCUGUGGUGUCAACUGCCCAUUCUAGCUAAAAUAUGGGUAAGAUUUGAGUCUUGUAGCCACCUCAGGUUUUUAAAAUAGCUACAGUGAUGUCUGGAGCUUUCUGAUGAGUCGGCGCCCUUGUAUGAGACACAGCUGGGGAGACUGGACCUGGGGAAUCUACUUUCUCCUUCCCCAUUUCCUGGGGGUGGUUUGCCAGGCAUUUACUGCCGGGCUUGGUCUACAGAAUAGGCCUAACUCAAGAUGGUAACUUUACCCUUCCCUUUUUGGGGACAGGGGACAGAUUGAAUCGUUCAAGAUCUUUGGGGUCUUUUUUCAAAAUUUUAAAUUUGUACUAAAAUUGAUAGCUAAUACCCUGAACCAGGAGAAAUUACACCUUAACUGUGUCUUAUUUAAUCUGCAAAGUGUCACUGCCAGUGAUAACCUUAGCAAAGACAUGAUUGCAAAAUUGUUUAUGACCUUUGACCAACCUCACACCUGUGACUGAUCGAUUUCAAGAAACAGCCAAUAGCUGUCCACCGUCCACAUUUUUGGAUUACUUAGAACAUAAAUGUACUAUUGAAGAAUGUGCCAAAGGGAUUUUGUACUUUUGCAAGUCAACAGAAGUCAGUAAAGAGGCGGUGUCCUUGUCAGUUUAUUUUGGAAUUUGCAUCCUCUAUCAUUUCAUUCUCACUUUAUAUAAAUAAUCAUACCCAGUGAGCAAAGUCACCAGUGAACUAGAAUUAGGCCAGUGAGCCUGCUUGGCAGAGUAGAACUGUCACACUGCUUCUAAUAUAAUCUCAUUGGAUCCCGACCCUAUGGGAACCCAGUUAACUUCCGUGAGGAAUGAAUGGCUCAGACUCAUUCCGUUUUUCACAUUAUUGUGUACUUCUUCCCCACCACUUACAACGAUUGGCUGAUUCGCAGUGUAUGGCAGUGUCUGAAAAACUGGGGAGAUGUUCCCUUUCUUUGUUGAUGAAAUUAUGUAUUACAUAACCUUAUAGCUUUUUUCUUUUAUAAUAUUUGUUGUAGAAUAAAUGGUCACACGUGUACUUAGCCAUUAACUUAAGUAGUAGAACAUUUUCAGAUACCUAGAAUCCCCCAUUCGUCUUCCCUCCGCACACCGUAAGAGGUAAACAUUACUCUGGAGGUGUUUUUUUGGUUAACAAUUCUCAUGUUUUUAUUUAUAUCUGCCAUCUAUGUGUGUAUCCCUUAUAAGUUGUUUAGAUUUGCCUGUUUCCGACUGUUAUGCGAGUGGUAUUAUGCCAUAUGUAUGCUUUUGUGACUUUUUUCUAACAAUUGUUUUUGAGAUUCCCAUUUAUGUAUGUAUGUAACUGUGUUUCAUUUGUUGUCACUGCUGUAUAGUAAUCUAUUACAUGACUACACCUCAGUCUAUCCGUCUGUUCAUGGAGAUUUGGGUUGUUUCCAGUUUCUGGUUACUAACCAACAAUGCUGCUCUGUACAUCUGCCAGUUACAAUGUAAGCUCUGUGCGGGCAGGGAUUUUGUCUGUUUUGUCGAAUUUUGUCUGUUUAGGCAUCCGUGAUGUCUAGAGCAAUGCCUGGCACGUGGUAGAUGCUCCACAUACAUUGGAGGAACGAAUGAAUUCUUGUACGUGGAUCCUGGUAGCACAUGUGCAAGGGUUGCUCUAGAGCCGUUCUUUUCAAAGUGUGCUCCAGGGGCCUCUAAGGGCCAGAGACCCUGACCGGGGGUCUGUGAGGACAAAACUCUUUUCAUAAAAACACCAAGACAUUGUUUGUCCUUUUUAUUCUCAUUCUUCAUGAGCUUAAAUGUUUUCUGAAUAUAUGAUGGCCUCACACUGACAGCUAAUCAAGUGUGUACUUGUGUUUGUUUUGAAAAUGUGUCUUUUAGUUUCUAAUAUGGCACACUUUAAUAAAUAUAGCCCACAUGAACAACAGCAGUUUGAGAUCCUUAGUUAUUUUUAACGGUGAUAAGAGGUCCUAAAACCAAACAUUUGAGUCCCGCUGCUCUAAGAAGCAGGCUUUGCUUGGUCAUGCAGAACUGUUUUCUAGAGAAUUUGUAUCAUCAGUGCACACUCCCACUGGCUGUGGCUGCGUGUCCCGUCUUGGCAAACUCUUGGCCUUGACUGUCUUUUGUACUUGUCAGUUGGAUCACUACUAUUAUGCCUUGUGUCUUCAUGUGAGUUUAAUUCACAUUGUCCUGAUUACUAAUGAAAUUGAGGUUUUUCUCACAUAUAAAGGUUUCCUCUUCUGUGAAAUACCUAUUGAUGUCUUUUGCCCAUUUUUUCUGUUUGGUGUGUGUCUUUUUUUCACUGAUUCAUAUGAUUUCUUUAUAUAUUCUGGAUACCAAUUCUUGUCAUUUAAACAUGUUGCAUAUAUCUUCUCCCAGUUUGUAUAUUAUCUUUUGUAAUUAUAUUGAAUCUGUUGACCGACUUGGAGAAAAUUGAUAUCUUUUCAAUAGAGUCUUCCUAGCCAAAAAUAUUGUAUGUCUCUCCACUUAUUUGGUCUUUUAAUAUCUCUCAAUAAACUUUAAUAAUUUUCCCCAUAAAGGCCUUCAUGUCUUAUGUUAGAUUUCUC